AUGAUCACACUAGUAACUCUUCACCCAGUUGGAUCGAUAGUUCUGAUGUAUAGAUAUCCAGAAUUUUUAGAAAUAGAUUACAAUGAACCAUCGCUAUUCAUAACUGAAACCAUGAGCUAUGUGGCUUACAUAAUGAUACCUCUUACAACAUCAAUCUGCUUAUUUUUUAACAGAGACCUUUGGAUAUCCUUCAUGAUCAAAAUAAAAAAACUUCAAUCCAGAUUUGAUACUAAACAAAUACGUGUAUCGAAAAAAUUUCUGCUGCUUUUUGCGACCCUUCACUGUAUGGAAAUAAUCAAUAUCUCCACUCAACUCACAUGGGAACAUAAAGAUUAUAGAAUAACUUUAUACUUUUACAUUUAUGAAUUCGGUUUACUUUACAUACAUUUACUGUUCGUCUUAUUCAAUCAAUUUAUAUGCAAUUGUUACAAGAAUAUCGACAAAAAGUUGAAAGAAAGGUGUGAAUUUGCAAUUGAAAAUAAAUUUAUAUCGACUAGUAGUGAUGCUAAAACCGUUUUGAAGAUUAAGGAAUAUUUUAAAUUGUACGUGGAAACUUCUAGCAUGGUUAAAGAUGUCAAUAGAUUAUUUGGAUGGAUAAUAAUAAUAAUUUUCUUUUAUACAUUGGCUAAUUCGGUGGAUAUUUUGAAUUGGUAUAUAAAUGGAGAAACGAUCAUUAAUCCAGACUUAUUAGAUUUGAUAAUAACAAUAAUAUUUGCAGCAUGCACAAUACUUUCUUGUAAUUGUACAGUUAACAAAGGAAAGCACAUUUUGCACACUGCUUAUGCAAUGGAAGAAUGCUUCGGUAUGAAUUCUAUUAUAAGAUUAAAAUUAUUGGAGAUAGCUGAAUUAGCAGAACACUACUUACCAAGAUAUUCUGUUCUUGGUUUGUUUGACAUCAACAAAAGCACAAUCAUAUCGUUGAUAUCAAUUUUAAGCACAUAUAUGUUAGUUGUGAUUCAAUUUAAUAUAUCUUAA